UGAUCAGUGAUCGGUUGUGGCCACUGAGUGCACUCAUUGUCGUCGUAUAGAAUCGUUUUUCAUCAACGAAUACGUAAAAUUAUUACGUUUUCCAAUUGAAACCAACAUUCCUCUUUUGAGACGUAAUAAUUUGAAUCAGUGUAAUGGCUGGAAUAGGAAAUACCGUGUACAAUUUUCUUUUCAAAAGGACUUCGACGUUUACCUUAACCAUUCUAGCAGGCAGUUUCUUUUUCGAACGAACGGUCGAUGUACUUUCGGAUAGUUUGUUUGAAAGUCUUAACAAAGGGAAACUUUGGAAAGAUAUCAAACACAAAUAUGAAUAAUAAAUAGAAAAAUGUUAAUUGUAUUAGAUAUACAUAUAAUAAUAAAUAUUAUGUAUUAAAUGUAUAUGUCAUAUUACUAUAAUUAUGUGAAUAAAGAAUAGUCUUAAAACACAA